AUGAUGUAUGAAGAAUAUGAUGAUUCUCCUCUCUAAUUUAUAAAGUCUAUUCGUAUCUACUUGAAUGGAGAUUCUUCUAAGUACUUGGAUUUGAAGAUUGCUUAAAAUUCUAAUUGGAGUGACAUUUAAACACAAUUGGAUUAGAAAUUCACAAAGUUUAAAGAAAUGAGACUCUUUACAUAAUAAGGAGUAGAAAUCUUUUAAGAUGAUGUUAAAUUUUUUAAGGAUGGCUAAUCAUUUUAUGCAUCUCGAGGAGGUACAAUUUUAAUAGAUGUUUAAUUUUAGAUGAGUUCGAUCCUCAUUCCCCAUUUUCUCAAUAUGAAACAAUAAAGAAAUUAGGAGAAGGAGGGUUUGGAUGUGUAACAUUGGCCAGACAUCGUAUAACUGGAGAGUAAGUUGCAAUCAAGGUAAUAAAAAUGAUGGGAAAUGCUUAAGACAUAGAACUAAAUUUUAGAGAAGCAGAAGUAUUAAGAUCUUUGAGUCACAAGAAUAUUGUAAAGGUUUUCAAUUCUUAUGCAUUAAAAAAUACUUAGAUGGCUGUAAUAAUGGAAUAUUUAGAAGGUGGAGAGUUGGCAGAAAGAUUAAGAUAGAAAGGUAGAUUUUAAGAGGAAGAAGCAUGCAAAUAUUUUAGAUAAAUUGUUAGUGCAAUAGCUUAUUGUCAUUAAAAGAAUAUUGUUCAUAGAGAUUUAAAAAUGGAAAAUUUAUUAUUCUGUUCUCCAGAUUCUGAUGAUCUAAAAGCAAUUGAUUUUGGAAUUGCAGGUCUCUAAUGUCCAACUAAUAAUGAUCAUGUAAAUAUUGGCAGUCUUCAUUAUAUGGCACCAGAAAUUCUAUGUGGUAAAGUUACUAGAGUAAGUACAUCUGUAGAUAUAUGGGCUAUGGGUAUUAUUCUUUAUAAAAUGCUAUUUGGUAAAGUACCUUUUAAUGGAAAAUCAUAAUAAGAUAUUGUUACCAGCAUUAUUAAUAAGGAUCUCACAUUACCACCUAAUAAUUUUAGUGAAGAAGUUAUUAAUUUGAUAACUUAAAUGUUGGAAAGGAAUCAUGAAUAACGUCCUCGAAUAACAGAUGUUGAAUAUCAUCCUUGGGUUAAUAGUGACAUAAGAACACCAUAAUAAAAACAAAUGCUUCUCUAAAUUCCAUCUGAUGGUAAUAUUCGUAAAUCAAGACCCUCUUUAAGUCCAAGACCAAGAAGUAAAUCACCAAAUCCUUCUGGCAUUGUCAAACAUCCUAAUAUAUUCAAAUUGUGA